CUUUUGUGUACACUGAGAAGAUCUCUAAUGGAGAGAGUGAGGUCCAGCAGCUAGCCAAAAAAAUCCGAGAGAAGUUCAACCGUUACUUGGAUGUGGUAAAUCGAAACAAGCAGGUCGUUGAAGCCUCCUACACAGCACAUCUGACCUCUCCAUUGACUGCCAUCCAGGACUGCUGCACAAUCCCACCAUCCAUGAUGGAGUUUGAUGGGAACUUCAACACCAACGUGUCUAGGACCAUCAGCUGUGACCGACUCUCGACCACUGUGAAUAGCCGGGCCUUCAACCCAGGCCGGGACUUAAAUUCUGUUCUUGCAGAUAAUUUGAAGUCCAACCCUGGGAUUAAGUGGCAGUACUUCAGCUCUGAAGAAGGCAUCUUCACCGUUUUCCCAGCACACAAGUUCCGGUGCAAGGGCAGCUAUGAGCAUCGGAGCAGACCUAUCUACGUCUCUACGGUCCGGCCCCAGUCAAAGCACAUUGUUGUCAUCAUGGACCAUGGUGCCUCAGUCACGGAAACCCAGCUUCAGAUUGCCAAAGAUGCAGCUCAGGUCAUCCUCAAUUCCAUAGACGAACAUGAUAAGAUCUCUGUGCUAACUGUGGCGGACACCGUGAGGACUUGCUCUCUCGAUCAGUGCUACAAGACGUUCCUGUCUCCGGCCACCAGUGAGACAAAAAGGAAAAUGUCUACCUUUGUCAGCAGCAUCAAGUCGUCUGACAGCCCGACCCAGCAUGCCGUGGGCUUCCAGAAGGCCUUCCAGCUGAUCCGGAGCACCAACAAUGGCACUCGUCUCCAUGCCAACACAGACAUGGUCAUCAUUUACCUGUCAGCGGGAAUUACAUCAAAGGAGUCCUCGGAAGAAGACAAAAAGGCAACACUUUGUGUCAUCAACGAGGAAAACAGCUUUCUUAACAACUCAGUCAUGAUCCUCACCUAUGCCCUCAUGAACGAUGGAGUGACUGGAUUGAAAGAACUGGCUUUCCUGAGAGAUCUAGCUGAACAAAACUCCAUGAAGUAUGGUGUGCCUGAUCGGACAGCCUUGCCUGUCAUUAAAGGGAGCAUGAUGGUCCUGAAUCAGCUGAGUAACCUGGAGACCACCGUUGGCCGCUUCUAUACCAACCUCCCUAAUCGCAUGAUUGAUGAGGCUGUUUUUAGCCUCCCUUUCUCUGAUGAAAUGGGGGAUGGUUUGAUAAUGACAGUGAGCAAACCCUGUUACUUUGGAAACCUCCUCUUGGGGAUUGUAGGAGUGGAUGUUAACCUGGCUUAUAUCCUAGAAGAUGUGACAUAUUACCAAGACUCUUUGGCUUCCUAUACUUUUCUCAUCGAUGACAAAGGCUACACCCUUAUGCAUCCAUCACUGACAAGGCCUUACUUAUUGUCGGAGCCCCCUCUUCACACUGACAUCAUUCAUUAUGAAAACAUCCCCAAAUUCGAGUUGGUUAGGCAGAAUAUUCUAAGCCUCCCUCUAGGCAGCCAGAUUAUCACAGUCCCCGUGAACUCAUCACUGUCUUGGCAUAUAAACAAACUUCGAGAAACUGGAAAAGAAGCAUAUAAUGUCAGCUACGCCUGGAAGAUGGUGCAGGACACCUCCUUCAUCCUGUGCAUCGUAGUGAUCCAGCCGGAGGUGCCCGUCAGGCAGCUGAAGAACCUGAACACAGUGCCCAGCAGCAAGCUGCUCUACCACCGGCUGGAUCUGCUGGGCCAGCCCAGCGCUUGCCUCCAUUUCAAGCAGCUCUCUACCCUCGAAAGCCCCACGGUUAUGCUAUCUGCAGGCAGUUUUUCUUCUCCCUAUGAGCAUCUGAGCCAACCAGAGACCAAGCGCAUGGUAGAACACUAUACUGCCUACCUGAGUGACAACACCCGCCUCAUCGCCAACCCUGGGCUGAAAUUCUCUGUCAGAAAUGAAGUAAUGGCUACCAGUCACGUCACAGAUGAAUGGAUGACACAAAUGGAAAUGAGUAGCCUGAAUACUUACAUUGUCCGUCGUUACAUAGCAACGCCCAAUGGAGUCCUCAGAAUUUAUCCUGGCUCACUCAUGGACAAAGCAUUUGAUCCCACUAGGAGACAAUGGUAUCUGCAUGCAGUGGCUAACCCUGGGCUGAUUUCUUUGACCGGUCCAUACUUGGAUGUUGGAGGAGCUGGCUACGUGGUUACAAUCAGCCACACGGUUCAUUCUUCCAGUGCACAGAUGUCUUCUGGGCAUACCGUGGCAGUGAUGGGCAUUGACUUCACACUGAGAUACUUCUACAAAGUUCUCAUGGAUCUGUUACCAGUUUGUAACCAAGAUGGUGGCAACAAGAUACGGUGCUUCAUCAUGGAGGACAGGGGUUAUCUGGUGGCCCACCCAACGCUCAUUGAUCCCAAAGGCCAUGCACCUGUGGAACAGCAGCACAUCACACACAAGGAGCCGCUGGUGGCAAAUGACAUUCUGAACCACCCCAAUUUUGUCAAGAAAAAUCUGUGUAACAGUUUCAGCGACCGGACAGUGCAGAGGUUUUAUAAAUUUAACACCAGUCUUGUGGGGGAUUUGACAAACCUCGUUCAUGGCAGCCACUGUUCUAAAUACCGACUGACGAGAAUCCCAGGAACCAAUGCUUUUGUCGGAAUAGUGAAUGAGACCUGUGAUUCUCUGGCUUUCUGCGCAUGCAGCAUGGUGGACAGGCUCUGUCUGAACUGUCACAGAAUGGAACAGAAUGAAUGUGAAUGUCCUUGUGAAUGCCCUCUGGAGGUCAACGAGUGCACAGGCAACCUCACCAAUGCAGAGAACAGAAAUCCAAGUUGUGAGGUCCACCAGGAGCCAGUGACAUACACAGCCAUCGACCCUGGCUUGCAGGAUGCCCUGCCCCAGUGUGUCAACAGCAGAUGCAAUCAGAGGAUGGAAAGUGGGGACUGCUUUGGGGUGCUGGACUGUGAGUGGUGUAUGGUGGACAGUGAUGGCAAGACCCACCUGGACAAGUCAUACUGCGCACCUCAGAAGGAGUGCUUCGGCGGGAUCGUGGGGGCCAAGAGCCCCUAUGUCGAUGACAUGGGUGUGAUCGGUGAUGAAGUGAUUACUUUGAACAUGGUCAAGAGUGCCCCCGUGGGACCAGUUGCUGGGGGGAUCAUGGGAUGCAUCAUGGUACUCGUCUUGGCCGUCUACGCCUACCGCCAUCAGAUUCACCGCCGAAGCCAUCAGCAUAUGUCUCCUCUGGCUGCCCAGGAAAUGUCAGUGCGGAUGUCCAACCUGGAGAAUGACAGAGAUGAAAGAGAUGAUGACAGUCACGAAGACCGAGGCAUCAUCAGCAACACUCGAUUUAUAGCAGCGGUGAUCGAACGCCACGCACACAGCCCAGAAAGGAGACGUCGAUACUGGGGUCGAUCUGGGACAGAGAGUGACCACGGUUAUAGCACCAUGAGUCCUCAAGAAGAUAGUGAAAAUCCUCCGGGUAACAAUGACCCAUUGUCAGCCGGAGUCGAUGUUGGAAACCAUGAUGAGGAUUUAGAUCUCGACACACCUCCCCAGACAGCAGCCCUGCUAAGCCACAAGUUCCACCACUAUCGACUACACCACCCUACCCUCCAUCACAACCACCACUUACAGGCAGCAGUGACAGUACAUACUGUGGAUGCAGAAUGCUGACAACCUCAUCUUCCCCUUGAAGAGAAGAAAAGAUGGAAGAGAAAAUGGAGAGAGGGGCUGGGGUGGAGGUGGGCUGUGGAGGAUGGAAAUUCAUGUUGAAGAGACAGCUGGUGUUACUAGGAGUCAUCAUACUCAUUUCCUGCUUGUUUUGAAAUGGUUAAGAACAACAAAUUGCAUUUAGGAGAGUGUAAGGCUGGCUUGGAAGUGGAGGGAAAUAGUCUGAUUAAUGGACCUGCCAUAACAUGAAUAAAACAGGAGAGAAGGCAGAGCUCCAAACACAGGGAUGAAACUCUCAAAGCCCUCGUCAAGUGGAGCCAGAGGAAUGUGUUGAGGAGCCAGGGCCGUGCAGCUUUCCUUAACUGGAAGAGUGUAAAUCCAUGAGAGCCAGGACCCAGGAAGGCAAGAUGUCCAGCUGUUACGUACAACCGGUUGGGUUUGCUUGUUUGUUUCCCAAGAUUCUACUUGGUUUCUAAAAGGUUCAUUGAGCUGGCAUUUGCUAAAUGGGACCCACAAGGAUAGGGUUGAAACAAUGCAUCUCAAAAUUUCUAAGUAAAGGAUUAUUUUUCUACUAUUUAUUGAAUUUACAAACAUUCAUGACCUUUGGGAAGGGCGGGGAGAGAGGGAGAAGACUUGGUUGCAAUUAUCCACAAAUAUAAUUGCUGUUUUUUGUGCGACAGUGAAGCAGUUCUUUCCUCAAGGAACUCUCUUGCUCACUUAUCUGAUACACUCCCACUGCCCCACUCUGCAAAGUGGGAAAAUGAAGAAAUCCUUCGGACUUGUUUACAUGCAUAUUCGUUAUUACAUUGUUUUGCAAGAGCAGACAUCAUGAGUUCUAAUGCAGUAUUCUUUCUGUGUGUUUGAUGGGCAUAGGCAGGGGCAAAAGAGAAUCAGAAGAAUCAUCCAGAGUCCUAGGUAUCUUCUUUGGAACUCUCCAAGCUCGACUUUUCCCCAGGUUGCUGACCCCACCCCAAGAGAUCCAAGUACCACCCUGGGAGCCUCUCCAGCAAGAGAAGCAAAGGCUUCAUCUUGUGGCUGAUCACUAGGCGAUCCAUAAAUGAAAAUCACACAUCCUAUUUUGAUUCGGAGGCUAUUGGCUACACCAGCAGAGAAUAAAGCAAUGUGCUGUAAAAUUCUGCUCCUUAUAAAAGAUUUCAUUUGAAAUCUUAAUUAGAAGCUGCUGCCAAUUACCUGGAACUUAACACUAUUUCGAGAUUCAUACAGGGAUUAAUCAGAUCUGUCUAAUACAACAUGGAACAUCCCAAUGGAAAAUUAAUGGUCUAAUAACAGUGUUGUAUUUUAAAUUCACAUUUGGUGAUUCAGCUAUGUUAUAAAAACAGUUGCACAGUGCAUAUGGUAAAUCUCAUUUAUAUGUAGGGUUUUGUUUUGUUUUUUUAAGUCACGGAAUACUGUUUUAAUGAUAGGGUACUUAAUUCUGUAUAAUGUAAAAUGUGGUUCUUAAGGAGUACAGUCAGUAACUAUAUGUGUGCUAUCCAGAAGCCCCUUUAUACUGUGUAUAAAAUUGCAGUCUCUAGUGAAAUAAACUGUAUAUAAAGGCGGGUUUAGUAGA